UUCAGACUCUUGGCCUGCUCCCUGGCUGUCCUCCUAACCAGUUCUCUCCUCCAGGGCCCAGAGGCAGGAAGGCUGAGCUGCUGGAAGCAAGCAUGGAGCCAGGCAGGAAGAGGCUCUCGUCUGCUUCAUCGGAUGGAGACAGGAGAGAAGAAAAUAAAUUAAAACGAGGAAUUUCCCAAGAUUUGGCUUCUUCUCCCAAAUUGGACAGAUAUAAAAUAGCAAGACAAUUAACAGAAAAGGCAAUCAAGGAAAAGAAGAUCUUCUCUAUCUACGGACACUACCCUGUGAUCCGGGCGGCUCUGCGCAGGAAGGGCUGGGUAGAGAAGAAGUUCUACUUUGUGCCCAAGGUCGUCCAGAAUGCCGAGGACAUGGGGGAAGGGUCUGCUGCAAGUAAAUGUGCUGAAGUCAAAGAAAAUCAAGAAAUGGCUUUGGAGAAAAUAGACAACAUCCAUGAUGUGAUGUCUAGGUUGGUAAAAAAUGAAAUGCCGUACUUCCUCUGGACCAUUAAGAGGGACGUGGUUGACUACCAUAGCCUGGCCUGCGACCAGAUGCUGAACCACUAUGGAAAGACGGCGGCCUUCACCACCAAGAUUGGGCUGUGCGUGAACAUGCGGAGCCUGCCCUGGUACGUCCAGGCGAACCCUGACUCCUUCUUCCCACGCUGCUACAGCCUCUGCACCGAGACCGAGACACAGGAGUUCCUGGAUGACUUCCGGCGCACUAUGGCGUCCAGCAUCCUAAAGUGGGUGGUCAGCCACCAGAACUGCAACAGGAGCAAACCCAAGAACAAGAGGGUAGAGACCUGGAGCAGUGACCCCAGCAACAAGAAAGACCCCGAGAACGUUGACUCAAAGCUCAGGGGCCUCUCAGGGCAGCUUGUGGACACAGCGUGCAAGGUGUGCCUGGCCUACCUGGGGCAGCUGGAGCACGAGGACAUCGACAGGCCGGAGGACACCACUGAGGCCCUCACUGAGGAUGAGUGGAAGGACCUGACCCAGCAGUACUACUCUCUCGUUCACGGCGAUGCUUUCAUCUCCAAUUCAAGAAAUUACUUUUCGCAGUGCCAGGCUCUGCUGAACAAAAUCACAUCUGUGAACCCUCAGAUGGAGAUUGACGGGCUGCGGAACAUCUGGAUCAUAAAGCCUGCGGCCAAGUCCCGGGGCCGAGACAUAGUGUGCAUGGAUCGCGUCGAGGAGAUCCUGGAUCUGGUGGCCACAGACCAGCCUCCUGCCAAGGACAAGUGGGUGGUCCAGAAGUACAUUGAGACCCCAAUGCUCAUCUAUGACACCAAGUUCGAUAUCAGGCAGUGGUUCCUCAUCACAGACUGGAACCCGCUGACCAUCUGGUUCUACAAGGAGAGCUACCUACGGUUCUCCACACAGCGUUUCUCCCUGGACAACCUGGACAGUGCCAUCCACCUGUGCAACAACUCCAUCCAGAAGCACCUCAAGAAUGACAAGGCGCGCAGCCCGCUGCUGCCGGGCCACAACAUGUGGACGAGCUCGCGCUUUCAGGAGUACCUGCAGAAGAGGGGCCGUGGGGCCAUGUGGGGCAGCGUCAUCUACCCGGCCAUGAAGAGGGCCAUCACCCACGCCAUGCGCGUGGCCCAGGACCAUGUGGAGGCCCGCAAGAACAGCUUCGAGCUCUAUGGCGCCGACUUCAUCCUCGGCAGAGACUUCAAGCCCUGGCUGAUAGAGAUCAACUCCAGCCCCACCAUGCACCCCUCCACGCCAGUCACUGCGCAGCUGUGCGCCCAAGUGCAAGAGGACACCAUCAAGGUGGUGGUGGACCGCAAGCUGGACCGCAACUGUGACACCGGCAACUUCGAGCUCCUGUGGAGACAGCCUGCCGUGGAGCUGCCACCGUUUAGCGGGUCCGACCUCUGCGUGGAAGGCGUGGGUGUGAGGAGGGCCAGGCGGCCGGUGCUGCCCGUCUCCAACUUCAGUUUCUCAGCGCCAUUCUCGGACAUUCAGACACGGACAGCGCAGUGCACCUUGGCCACACUGGACACCACCCGCGGACCCCAGCGAGCGGUUCCCCUGCAAGACUUGAGGCUGAAGGACCAAAAGGUCCCUCCCUGCACGUUGCCUGCGCCCUUGCAGAGGCCAGCGCCGAGGAGCCGUGUGGUGAAGACAGGUCAGGCUGGGCCUGCCGGGUCAGCAGAGCUGGCCACUACUGACUGUCAGCGCGUAGCCUCGGAGGCCCCAAAAGCCAGUCUUACAAAGGUCCCCGCUGCCAACCCGGACACUCCCAUGCCGAGCACGCAGCCCCCAACGUUGGGGGAGCAGAGCACAGUGGUCACACAGGGGAUCCCACUGCAGCAACUGCCAGGCUCAGGGCUGCCCAGGCCCCGCCGAGCGCCGUGCCUGGUGUGCCACAGCUCGCUGCCGCCGGUCGGGCCCUGCAAGCGCUGCCGCUCCUUCUGCGCUGCGGUCCUGCACGGCGCCUCCUUCGUGCCGCUCGGCGGCGAGCGGGGCGGCAGCCCGUGGACCCCCUGACGCGAGGACCCGCGCGGGACGAGGACGAGGACCCAGACGAGGCGUGCCUAGGCCCCUGCGGCCCUCGGGCCUGGCUUGUUUGUUUGGAGACCUGCACAUAGAUGAGGGACCUUGUAUACAAAGCUAUUUUAGAGAAAUUGUGCAAUUUCACCAUGGUAUUUCUUACCGAGCGCCGCCCUCUCCUGGUGCCUGCACGCACUUCCUGGUCCUGUCGUCUUACACCCACGAACCCCAGCCCAAUCCCACGCUCCCCAACCCCCCCAACGCCCCAACCGCUGCCCUGGCUGCAGGAUGGGAGAGGAUGAGACCUGGCAUCCAGGACGCUCCCUCCUGGCGGGAAGGUGCCCCUCUCUGUCUCCAGCAGAGGUCCCAGACAGGUCACUCUUCAUUUAUUCACUCAUUUAUUCAACAAAAGUCUCGCUGUGCUGCUCCAGGUUCUCUGCACCCACGUGUUUCCUUCCAACCUGGUGUUGUGUGGUGGGAGUGAGGGGUGUCCACCCCAGGUUGUGCCCUUUGGAUCCGAUUGAAGUUGGGCUUCUGGGCCCCUUGGUGGUCAGUGGGCCAUGUGGGAGACCCAAGCAUGGAGAGAUACCCCAAGGCCUCCUUGGGCUCAGGCUGCGGUGCUCCCAGUUGCUGGAGCCUGCACAGGACAAGGGGGGCUCCCGAGGAGUCCCCAGGGCCAGGUCUUCGUGGACAUUGGGAGGGUUCAGAUCCUCCAGCCCUCAGAGACAGCCAGUACCCCCUUUGGCCUCAGACUAGACAGGGUGGCAAGGGGCAGGAGUGAGGGGCCCAGCUCCACCGUCUUUCCCUAGGCCUGAGACCAGCACCAGCCCCUGUGUGUUUCCUGUGGCCACUUCAUUAUGGUACUGGCAUAGCAUGUUUGAUGUGACAGGUGUGUCACCUGGUGGGUGGGCCUGACUUGGAAAGGCCACAAAGAGGGGCUCAGAGUGUGAGUGGGCCCACUAGGUGUCAUUCUUCUCACCACUCCUUGUGGGCCAUGCCCAUGACCUCUGCCACAGGCACAGCAGUCCCCACUUGCCAUUUGUCAAUAGGAGGGUACUUUGUGGCACUUGCCAGAGGCCUCAAGUUCAGGCUGGUGGAGUGAGGUGAAGGUGCCCAUCUCAGGGCCUGGCCAGCCUGGGACCAUGGGAUGACCAGAGCCUGGCCUUCCUGGGCCACCCCCAAGCAUCCGAGCCUGCUGUACUGUCUGGUGUGGAGGCUGGCAUUGGGUGCUUGUUCUCCAGGGCCCUGGGGCCACAGGCACACCACUCACUGACAGGUUAGGUAGGGUGCCCAGUGCCCAGCAGUGACCGCAGGCACUCUAGAUCAGGUGGGGCAGGCUGGAGGUGCUGGCCCAGCUGGGAGGGAGACUGGGCAGCUACUCUGGCAUCUGGGUGGGGUGACGGAUGGCUCCACAGUCAUGGACAACCCGUGAGUUCCUGCUUUGUUUCAUGCCCUGGGGCUGAUGCCCCAUCCACAUGCUUCCCAGGCCUGUGUCCUCCCCUACCUAGGGGUAAUGCUGCCCUGCACACUUGGGAUUCUCUGUGGGGGUUCCCCGCCCAGGCCCUGCACACCCCAUGGGCCCCAGCUCUCCAGCCAGACACCCCAUUCCCUGCCUCUCAGCAUGGAAGUGUCCCCCACCACCAGAGGCAGGUGCAGGGAGCUCGUGCACUGCUUAGCUGCAGCAGGGCGAGGGCUAGACAUGAGACUCUGGGCCUGUCCUGGAGGGAAGGGCCUGAGGCACCCCCCAGAGCACAACCUGGCUCUCUUCUGCUGCCCUGUAUGAGGCUGGCAGAGGCAGGAGGCAAACAGUGCUGCAUGAGAAGCUUCAGAUAAGAAAAGGAGCGUGGAAUGAUUCCCUGAGCAGCAGUUGGGCCCAGGUUAGUCCGUGGGCACUGCCUGGACUGGGGAGGGAGCCCUGAGGACUUGGGGUAGAGCCUCAGGUCCCAGGAAGGAGCUGUCCCUCAGGGGUUGGGGUGAAGCCAGCGGGUGAGAUGUCCAGGACAUUUCCUCUUCUCUCCGUGAGCCCAGUCAAGCUCAACCGGGCAAUUGGCUACUGUCCCC